ACAAACACAAUAAGUAUGACAUAUAUAUUACAUGUAGUGAUUUUAGUAUAAAACCUAGCUACUCCCAAACCACACAAAGCCCAUCACAAAAAUAUCAUGAGCAAUUUCAUCAUCUCUCUCUUAUAAUAACGCUCCAAUUAAUCCCACAUUAACGAAAAACUUUUCUUGAUCAUCAUCAUCAAUUCAUGGAGAAGAGAAUACUUCGUCACCUUCGAAAUGGGCUUCUCUUGCAGCAUCCCUUCAUUCUUCUCUUCAUCUUGGCAUUGAGUUUCAUCGCGAUGGACCCUUUCGGGCUGAGCCCGGUCGCAGGCCGGGACUUCCGGCCCGUGAGAAACGACAUCGCUCCUUAUAGGAGAGUGAUGGAGAGCUGGCCUUGGGACGACCGGAGCCGCUUGGGGCAGGGCACUCUGCUCUUCAAGAACGAGACGUUCGGGCCCGAGUCCCUCGAGUUCGAUGCCUCGGGCCGGGGCCCGUAUGCGGGCCUGGCCGACGGGCGCGUCGUGCGGUGGAUGGGCGAGGACGUGGGAUGGGAGACGUUCGCCCUCGUGUCACCUAAGUGGUCGGAGAAUGUAUGCGCGAAAGGAGUGAACUCGACGACGAAGAAGCAGUGGAAGGUGGAGGCCGAGUGCGGCCGGCCUCUCGGGCUGCGAUUCGACGUGAAAAGCGGAAACUUGUAUAUUGCCGAUGCUUAUUUUGGGCUAAUGGUGGUGGGAGCCGAAGGUGGGCUAGCAACUCCACUAGCUACACAUGUUGAUGGGCAACCCAUUCUAUUUGCAAAUGAUCUUGAUAUUCAUGAAAAUGGAUCCAUUUUCUUCACGGAUUCGAGCACAAGAUAUAAUAGAGUGAAUCAUUUUUUCAUACUUUUGGAAGGGGAAUCGACAGGGCGGCUCUUGAGAUACGAUCCUCAUACGAAAACCACACACGUAGUUUAUAAAGGAAUGGCGUUUCCAAAUGGAGUGCAGUUGUCGAAGGACCAAUCUUUCCUUCUCUACACAGAAACUACGAAUUGCAGGAUCAUGAAAUACUUCUUGGAGGGUUCAAAAUCCGGCACGGUGGAGGUGUUGGCGGACCUUCCCGGAUUCCCGGACAACGUGCGGAUGAACGAGAGAGGCGAUUUUUGGGUGGCGAUUGACUGUUGUAGGACGGCGGUGCAGGAGAUUCUGAUCCACAAUCCGUGGAUGCGGACCCUCUAUUUCCGGCUGCCGAUUCCAAUGAAAUACCUAGCGGAAUCGGCCGGAACGAAGAUGUACACGAUGGUUGCAAGAUUGAAUGGUGAGGGAGAGAUCUUGGACGUUCUUGAUGAUAGGAAAGGGGAAGUGAUGAAGCUAGUGAGUGAGGUGAGGGAGAGAGAGGGGAAAUUGUGGAUUGGGACUGUGGCUCAUAACCACAUUGCUACUAUACCUUACCCUUUGUAGAAUUAAUGCUUUUGUUUGGAGACAAAUGUUUGAUCAUUUUGUGUUGUUUCAUAUAUUAAUACUAGAUUUUUUGCCUAGUUAUAUAGCUAAAUGGCUGCAUGAUUUUAAAGCAUGUAUCAUAUAUUCAUAUUAUAAUAGUCAUGGGCCUUGCAUCUU